UUGAUAGGGUGAAAGUGGAAGCAGUUCGCGGCGCCGCCGUUGUUUUCUAUUUUGACUGUAGCCAUAAAGUGGUGGAGCAGCAGACCCAAAGAUCAGACCGAUCUCAGCGCUGAACGCACCGGUAUCUCUCCGCGUCUGGAUGGGCCAACCGACCUCGAAACACCCGCCAUCCCGGAGCUCCUGACACGGAAUGACGGCUCGGUUUCCCGCCAGCAGCCUGGACUCUACUUCCAUGUUGUGAUCUGAAUCCUGGACUGGAUCUUCUGGAACAUUCAGUUCUCUCGAAUGUCCACCUUUUCCGCACCGCAACAUCCGCAGACCGCAUCAACACGGAUCCCGUUCAGCAAGCUCCCGUUGAGAUGGCCCGAGCAGAAACCAUCGAGACUGUCGGAGAAAAUGGAGGCGGACGAAACGGCCCGCUGUCUCUGCACAAUACCUGCUGCAUGGAGCUACCCCAACCACUCCACACCCGGCCAGGCCCGCGGACUGAACCCAGUGUCCACAACACCUCCCCCCACAGGGAACCACUACCGGGCCUCUACCUGCCAAACCAGCUGCCUUACUCCCACCCAGAGGGCCACCAGCAGCCACCGGCGUUAUCGCAGACUUCUUCCUGUCGUCUGGAAACCGGCCGGAGAACAGCUAGUCGUGAUUCAUCGCAAGAAGAACCGGAUUCGAACAAAGAAGAGCACCAGGACGCCUCCAGGCGGCAGGGUCCUCUCCCCGACCUGCUUCCCCAGAACGAGCACUCAUCCUGGGACUCGCCGCCCCAGCAGCUGGGCGUCGGCGGAGAGGCGGCGCAGCAGCUGGACGUGAUCAGGGUGGCCGGCCAGCUCAGGAUGAUUGGGGACCAAUUCAACGCCAUGAUUCUCCACAGAGCGCACAUCGCCCCCCAGUGGCAGGACUGGAGAGAGGUCUGCCUGGGAUUCCUGGACUUUAUCGCCCAAUCACUCAGCACUCUCUACCGGCUGACGUAGAGCUACGAUCCGGACCUUUUCCUGCCAUCUGGGCCGAAACGUUCUGUUGCUAAUGGGUCGCCAGACUGUCAGUCACCUCAUGGAUCAGAUUGGCCCGUCAGAACCGGACCUCUCCCGUCAGUCAGCGCUGCUGCACACUGCAGCCGCUGGACUGGACGGAUGAACUUCUUGUUUAUUUUGUAAAAUAUAUAUAUAUAUAUAUUUGUUUUUGUCCUGUCUCGGGGGGCUAGGUCUUUGUGAAAUAGCUGGAGACUUGGGCCAAACUUUGUUUUCUGUGGUGCUGAGAACAUUCACUGAAUAAACACAAAAUUCUAC